UAUCCUCUCGUCUAACCAUUCCUCAUCCCUAAACUGUAAGAGAGAGGAGAGAAGCUACUGCCUAGUUCUAUCUCCGAUGGCCUGCUCAGCUCCUUCAACCCCUACCGCUCUCCUCUCUUCCAACCCCAGGGCUUUUCCUUCCAAAUCCCUAUCUACCGUGGCUUCAUUUUCCAAGCCCCUCUCUCCCCAAACCCUAACCAUCCCCAAUUCCUUCAAUCCUCUGCGCAAGCCCUUUCAAUCUCCGGUCCCCCGCUCCAUUUCCUCCCGUGGCUCUCACGCCAGACGUAGCCUCGUUGUCAGGGCUAGUGAAGCUCCACUGGUUGGGAAUAAGGCACCGGAUUUUGAGGCAGAAGCUGUUUUUGAUCAGGAGUUCAUCAAGGUUACACUUUCAGAGUAUAUUGGGAAGAAAUAUGUGAUUCUCUUUUUCUACCCACUGGACUUCACAUUUGUUUGUCCUACAGAGAUCACUGCUUUCAGUGACCGCUAUGAAGAGUUUGAGAAGUUAAACACAGAAAUAUUGGGUGUUUCUAUUGACAGUGUGUUCUCGCACCUUGCAUGGGUCCAAACAGAUAGAAAGUCAGGUGGCCUUGGUGAUCUCAAGUAUCCCCUGGUCUCUGAUGUCACUAAGUCAAUUUCAAAAUCUUAUGAUGUGCUGAUUCCAGAUCAGGGAGUUGCACUCAGGGGGCUUUUCAUUAUUGACAAGGAAGGAAUUAUUCAGCACGCCACUAUCAACAAUCUUGCCAUUGGGCGGAGCGUUGAUGAGACAAUGAGAACACUCCAGGCAUUACAGUAUGUGCAAGAGAACCCAGAUGAAGUUUGCCCAGCUGGGUGGAAGCCUGGAGAGAAGUCCAUGAAGCCAGAUCCCAAGCUCAGCAAGGAAUAUUUUGCAGCAAUAUAAAGGGGAUAUUGUUAGCAUAUUAAUUGUCGUUUGGAGAGGUUUGAAAGAGUUUUUUACUCAUGUAGUGUUCAUUUAGUUGAGUUUUGAGAAGUACUUCCUGGGAAUGAACAUAUCAGACAGCAUGUAUGAUCUAUCCUGUUCUUUUUUUAAUCCAUUCAUGUAUAAAACAGUAUCGCCUCCCAUUGUUGCCUCUUUUUAAACUAUGUUUUGGGCUAAUCCAGGCAGGUCAAAACGCUAUUUGGAGUA